UUUACCUAUUUCUCUUCAAAUUUUUAAUUUUCGAAAUGAGAUUUUUCAUUUUUGUCGGGAUCCUCGGAAUCAUUUUACUCCAGGGUGAAUCGGUACUGGGGCAAGACGACGAGGAAGAAUCUCCUCUCGAAAACGAAAUAGGCUCCGAUGAUAGCGAGACACCAGACAAUUCGGAGAAACCUUCCAAGGGUGAUCCUCCAUCCAAGAAGGAGUCACCACCGAGACAAGAUCCGAUUGAUCCCACCGAACCCGAUCCACCAGUUGCCUGGAUUCCUGAGAACCCACCACCAGGCGCUACGGGCGGAGGUGGUGGUGGGUGGGACACUGGCAGCGGGAAUCCCGACGAUAAACCAAGACCAAAGGUACUAGCUUAA